GGUGUCGUCCUGCAGGAGGAGUCGCAGGUCGAGGAUCGGCCAGCGCUUCUGGCAUUAAUGCUCAUAUCCUCCAGAGGAGCUCUUCAAACAGUGUGAGAGUUAAUCACAGAAGCGGUUGAUCAUGGACCCGAACAGCAGUGGACUGCAGCAGAGGCUGGCCGAGGCCGGCCAGUCCCACCUCGUCCAGUUCUGGAAGGAGCUGAGUCCCGAGGGACAGGCGGACUUGGCCCGCGAGCUGCAGGCGAUGGACGUCCAAGAGAUCAACGGCUUCUUCAAGAGCGCCAUGGAGACGUCGAGCAGCAGCCGGCACGAGAAGAUGGACGCCCGCAUGGAGCCGGUGCCCAGAGAGGUGCUGGGGAGUGUGACCCGGGACAGGGACAGUCUCAAAGACUGGGACGCAGCAGGUUUGCAGUGCAUUUCUCAAAGUAAAGUGGCAGCCUUGCUGCUGGCAGGAGGCCAGGGAACCAGGCUGGGGUUCUCCUACCCCAAAGGCAUGUACGACGUGGGGCUGCCGUCCCACAAAACUCUCUUUCAGAUGCAGGCGGAGCGCAUUUUGAAGCUGCAACAACUGGCUGAGCAGAAGCACAAAGUCAAGUGUUGUAUUCCUUGGUACAUCAUGACCAGCGGCAGGACGAUGGAAUCCACUAAGGAUUUCUUCUCACAACAUAACUACUUUGGGUUGGACAAGGACAGCGUGGUCUUCUUCCAGCAGGGCAUGCUGCCAGCAAUGGACUACACCGGCAAGAUUAUCCUGGAGAGCAAGGGGAAGCUCUCCAUGGCUCCAGAUGGUAAUGGUGGCCUCUACAGAGCUCUCGGCAACCAGGGAAUCAUAGACGACAUGCAGAAGAGAGGGAUCGAAUUCAUCCAUGUUUACUGCGUCGACAACAUCCUGGUCAAAGUGGCGGACCCCGCCUUUGUUGGCUUCUGUGUGCAGAAGGGUGCAGACUGUGGAGCAAAGGUGGUGGAAAAAAACAAUCCCACAGAAGCAGUGGGUGUGGUCUGCAAGGUGGAUGGGCGUUACCAGGUGGUGGAGUACAGCGAGAUCACCCUGGCAACGGCUGAGAAGCGCAGCUCCGACGGCAGGCUGAUGUUCAACGCAGGAAACGUGGCCAACCAUUUCUUCAGCUUCUCGUUCCUCAGAGACGUGGUCCAGAAACAUGAGCCACAGCUGCAGCACCAUGUGGCCCAGAAGAAGAUCCCAUAUGUGGAUGCUCAGGGUCAGCUAAUCAAACCUGACAAACCCAAUGGGAUUAAAAUGGAAAAGUUCGUCUUUGACAUCUUUCAGUUUGCUAAGACAUUUGUCGUGUACGAGGUCCUGCGAGAGGACGAGUUCUCCCCACUGAAGAACGCAGACACUCAGGAUGGAAAGGACACGCCCACCACGGCCAGACACGCCCUCAUGUCCCUCCAUCACCGCUGGGUGCUCAACGCCGGCGGCCACUUCAUCGACGAGAACGGCAGACGAGUGCCCGCCAUACCCAGAGACGGAGCAGCAGGCAGUGUCACAGCUGAUGGCAACAGAAACUUGAAAGAUGGAACAGAUCUGCCAAUCAAAUGUGAGAUCUCCCCGCUGGUGUCCUACGGGGGAGAGGGCCUAGAGGAGUUGGUAAAGGGACGAGAGUUUCAUCCAACCCUGGUGAUUGACGAGCAUGGAGUGAAAGAACUGGUGAAGAACGGAGUUUAAUCCAUCAGUCUAAGGUGGAGAGAAAGAGGGACGACCCAAAGACCAACCUCCCUUUAUCUCUGAGCAUUUGUGUCGGGGAAACUGUGAUGUCACCGCUGUGCAAUAACAAAUAACGCCCAUGUGUCCGUUUGGUUGAAAGAGGAUGCUUCACCCAAAGUGAAUGAAGAUGAAGAGUGUUGUUUACCUUUUAGUACCAAACUUUAAUUCAAAGAGCACUUGAACACAGGUUGAGAUGAAGUAUGAAAACCCUGCCAUACCGAAUGAAUGAUGGAGUCUGCAAGUUAGUCUAUUUAUUUUGCUUAUGAGACUUAUUUUUAUAUCUACUGAUAAAUGCUAGAUGGGGGGAAAUGUGCUUAUUUCACCUGAUGAUUUAUAUGUGAUAAUUUACUGAAUGGAGACUAUCAUCAAGAUCUUUCUUGUGAGCAUGUGAUGAAGACACAUGCACUGGGCUAUGGGGGGUAUUUAUAAUGUCUGCUUCUUCCUGCUUGUAGUCGUAGAAGAUAAAAGGUUAUUCAGAUGAAAAAGGUACUACAGUUUCUAUCAUCUUUAUUAAAAAAUGUUCCUUUCUAAAAAUCCUGCAAAUACUUUGUGUCUAUUUCUUCACCCACUCAGCUUCAACAGUCAGAUAAUAUGCAAGUUUCGUUGGCUUGUUGCUUCAGAGUAGGCAUUUUAGGGGUCCAAGCAGUGAAGCACUUGUUUUUUCUUUUCACAGUAUCAGG